GCGGUUCGUGGUCGCUGCGCUCGUUCGCCUUGCUCCAGAUCCCCCGCGAGGAAGGGGACGCUCCCGAGGAGCAGGCCCCGCGGGGAAGGGAAGAGAGGCGCGCCCCGAUCCCUCCUUUACGCCCAAGCGACCUUUGCCAGAGCAGGAGGCGCGGCUGCCGCGCAAUCGCAGGGGCGCGAUGGUUUGCGGCGGCUUCUCCUGUUCCAAGAACUGGCUCUGCGCCCUCAACCUGCUCUAUACGCUGGUCAGCCUGUUGCUGAUUGGAAUUGCAGCAUGGGGCAUAGGCUUUGGCCUCAUCUCCAGUUUCCGGGUCGUCGGAGUAGCGGUUGCAGUGGGGAUUUUUCUGUUCCUGAUUGCUUUGGUGGGAUUGAUCGGAGCUAUCAAGCACCAUCAGGUGUUGCUCUUCUUUUAUAUGAUUAUUCUAUUGCUGGUGUUUGUUAUACAGUUUUCAGUCUCUUGUGCCUGUCUAACAUUGAACAAGGAACAGCAGAGCAAGCUUCUAGAAGUUGGGUGGAACAACACAAACAAUGCAAAGCAGGAUAUUGAGCGGAAUCUAGACUGUUGCGGAUUCCACAAUGUCAGUGAAGAGAUCACAUGUGAUGCUGAGUGUUUUAAAUUGCAGUCAUGCCAACCCUGUGCACCAAUAAUAAAGGAAUUCUCUGGGAUGGUGUUGAGAUUUGUAGGUGGCAUUGGACUCUUCUUUAGUUUCACAGAGAUCUUAGGCGUAUGGCUCACCUACAGAUACAGGAAUCAAAAGGACCCUCGUGCAAAUCCUAGUGCAUUUCUUUGACAUGGAAAUGUUCUCAAGGGACUGAAUAUCUUUUCUUGUGUUUUUUAAAAAUGAAUUCUCUACUGGUUGGCUGCUUUCCAUGUUAAUUGGAAUUUGUGCACUUGAGUCAAGACGACAUUCCUAGAACUGCCUCGCAUUUUGUUUUUUUGCUGUUGUUGUGUUCCCCUUGGACUGACUGGUUUGAAAUGCUUUUGUCAAUUGUGUAAAUAAACCGGAUUUGAAUACUCUAGGAAUUCAGAAGAACUACUGCAAUCUUCUGUCAUCAUUCCAAUCUUCUGUCCGUGGGUUGCUGUUGCCUUUGAUUUAAAUGGGGGGGGGGGGGGAGAAUAUAUUUGAUAGAUUUCAUCUGCCAGAAAUUCAUUCAUUCAUCUUUUUCCCUCUUCCCUGAAAGAAUAUUUUGUUGGCUUGAAUAAUGCCUAAUGCUGCGUAUUUCAAUUGAAAUCUACUGUCCAGUAUUGUGCUGCUGCUUCCAACUUUGGUAUUAUCUUGGGUGAAAAAAAGUCUAAAGAGAUAGAAACUGACUUUCCACCUCUUGUUCUGUUUCUCUCUCUGCUCCUCCCCCAAUUUCUGUAAACAUUAAUAUGUGAAAACUUAAGUGUGCUGUUUAGUGUUGCCCGUUAAUUUCAGAAUUGCCAUGCAAGUGUCAUGAUUCCAUUGCCGAGCCCUGAUGGACUUUCAGUAAGCUUUCCCAUUUGCUGCAGCUCUGUACAUACAUGAACGCACUGGAUUGGGUUGACUGGUGGUCAUUCAAAAACAUUAAAUUUCACAUUAGAUUUGCCCUUGAUUAUAGAGGAUAGGGGGUAUCUGCAUCGUGUAUAGGGACACUAGAAACAAGUGAGGAUAAACGGGGUGUGAUUUUUCACUGUAUACCUGAUAAAUUUUAUUUGAAUGGACUGUGUAGUUUAAAGUGGCAUAAGAGACGGUCGUGUUUAGUUAGCUUGUCACAGUAAGAAACCGGUCUUAAUGGCCAGAGAUCUCAUAAAUAUUUUAUUUGCAAUAGGUUGAUGAAAUUUAACAUAGUAAAUAACCUGUGACACUGAUAUCAGUCAUUAGCUUUAACUAAUUAUGUGCAUUCAUUGGUAUCUAAGAUAUUUAAUCAUAAAUGUGAACUAGAAUAUUGUAAGUUAUAUCUUUGUAUGCUUCACUAGUUUAUUUAAAAAAUAAAAUAAA